AUGUAUGUAGAUGUAGAUGUAGAAAUAUAUGGUGGUAUGGAUAAGCCCAGCCUGAUACAGCAAACAGUUGGAGUGUUGCAAGAUGACCCACUGAGCCCCUUACUCUUCAUCUUAGCUACAUCAGACAUCAUUGAGACAAUAAAACCCGAAAAUGUAAAUCUACUCACGUUUGCAGACGACAUGGCAUUAACCUCAGCUUCUGAGGAUGAUCUGCAGAAAACCUUCAACCAGUUAGUGUUCUGGGCACGAAAAAGCGGCCUAUCCUUGAAUGAAGAGGAAACAGUCUCCGUGACCUUCAGAAGAAGAGGAAGACGAGGCACUUUCUAUGUUGGAGAGACACCACUAAAGUCAAUCGCCAGUUUUACGUACCUAGGAGUUACGCUUCAGUCACAAGGAGCAGUAUUCACACGCUACAUAAACUGCAGAGGCAGCUCAAACUCUCCCUGGAAACAGCCCUACGACUGUUUGAACUCAAAGUUGAACUUGUUGCAAUUUAUGGACUGGAAAACACAUGAAUUCAUCUGA